AUGGAGUUUCAAAGAUUGAAGCUCCUUCAAUGGUGGAUAGAGCUUGUAGUGAUGUUUGGGAAAAAAGAAGGGAGUGAAGAAGUUGCAGAGAGUGGGAGAUUAAGGGAUGAAGAUGAUUAUGGUGAGAGAUUGAAGUUGGAGAAGGGUGAAGAAUUGAUGAGAGAAUUGAGAAGGGCAGCGGAAUGGCAUGAACUGAUACGAAUUGGACGCGGAUUGCGGCUUGUUAAUAGACUCAAAUUGGGCUGUUUUGAUAUAGUUGUGCGAUAUGGUUUGAAUGUGUUGGUGCAUAGGCUGAACUGGUUUUAUUUAGUGAGAUAUGCAGUGGUUCGAAGAAGAGGAGGUGCAAUCGACGGAAUGCGUCAAAGAGGAAGACGACGUCGAGAGGCUGAUGGCGAGGGACAGCAGGGAGCUGCACCUGAGGUUGGUCCGCAGCACCCGGGAUUUCCCGGAGGACCGACUGAUACUUCUUUAUUGAUUAGAUAUCUGAACCAUGUUGCCUGUCAUUUAUGGUUGGGCGAGGAGAGACGACCAAAGCCAACCUUAAAGGUUGCUGCACAUGGUAGCAAAUUAAUAGGAUGGGUUCCGUAUACUAGAUUGGCCAGGGUAGAUACGCAUCUUUUAUCUUCUUUUGUUGAGAGAUGGCAUCCUGAAACAUCGUCAUUUCAUAUGCCGUUAUGCGAGAUGACAAUCACGCUAGAUGAUGUUUCAUGUCUUCUUCAUGUACCGAUUAGGGGCGAGUUGGUUGACCCCGAUUUUGUUGUCACCGAUUAUGAUUCUAUCCAUAAUGCUGUUGAGUUGUUUGGUGUCUCUUUGAGUGAAGCAUCUGAGGAGGCUUCUUCCGUAAGGGGUCCUUACUAUAAAUUGGAUUGGCUGAAGCAAGUUUUUGAGCAACAAAGAGCUGCAAAUAACUUUACAGGUGCUAUGAGAGCAUACAUGAUGUUGCUAUUAGGUUGUACUAUUCUUGCCGACAAGACUUUUACUCUUGUCGAGGCAAAAUAUCUACCACUCUUGAGAGAUUUGAAUACUUGUGGAAGAUAUUGCUGGGGGGCAGCUGCACUGGUUACUCUAUACAGAUACUUAGGGGAUGCUUCAUUUUAUUCAUGCAAGCAGCUUGGCGGUUAUGCCUCUCUUCUUCAGUGUUGGAUUCAUGAGUAUUUUCCAACUGUUGGAAAGAGAGGUACUUCUAGGUUAUGUGGCAUUGAUAGUCCAAUGGCUAGGGCGAUGAAAUCAGAAUAUAGGCAGGGGACGCAAAAAGUGGCUGACAUCCGAGCUGUGUUAGAUCAGUUGACCUCUCACGAUAUCGUCUGGCGCCCUUUUGAGGAUCACAGGGAGCACCGUCCUUUUGAUGAUAUCUGUUUGUUCCGGGGUGGUUUGAAGUGGUAUGGUACUGUAGUUCUAUAUUUACCUGACAGAUUCAUGCGUCAGUUUGGAUACAGACAGUACAUACCGAUUGCUCCUUCUAAUGUAGACACACUUGAUGUGGAUGUUAAGUGGGCUACAUAUAUGCAGAGUGUGUUGCAGGUGAUCCGAUUCCACGAUGAUCCCCCAGCUGCGUUUGCCACCAUACCAUAUGAGACAGACGAUGAUUAUUUGGCGUGGUAUUAUACGGUGUCACAUCCUCUAUUGAGAGCACCACGAGGUGAUCAGCCGAUGGAGGUACCAGUGCCUGUCUAUGACGAAGGACCGUCAGACUUGAGGUUAUCAUAUAUAUCUCAUGAGCUUCAUCAUUAAUUACAGCGUCAUCAGGCACGUCCUGAAGAUGAACAAUUUCUGGAGAUAUUUAGAGCACUCAGACUUGCACAGG